AUGGGCUCUGCUACCAACCUGACGGACGUUCUGUUGUCGCACAGCAACACCACAUCCUUUCCCUCGCCGGCCAACGCCUCUGCCGUGCACCAGCUAUCCCCGGGCAUCAUCACCACCACAGUGCUAUCCGUGACCUUUAACGUCCUCGGAGUGCUGUUCGCGCUGAGCAGCGCAUCGCUGCGGACGCCCUUCAACGUGUACAUCGUCGCGUUAAUGUGCAGCAAUAUAGCGUUUGAGACCUGGGAAUGCAGCAUGCUGGGCCUGAUGGACGCGUACGGACUAGUCGGGCUCGGCAGCUCCGUCUGCACCCUCCGUUUGUACGGCGUCUACGUCCUGGCGCCCAUCGUCUACCACACACACUUCCUCAUCACGCUGAACCGCGCCUGGGCCAUCCUGUGGCCUGUGUCCUACCGUGCACGACACAACCACACGGUCGCUGGUUUAUUGUGCGCCGCGAUGGUCGGAUACGUGCACUUGAUGAUGCUGCCGGAACUGCUACGUGAUCACCUGUACUAUCGUCUCCCGCUGGAAUAUGGCUGCUGGCUCAACGCUGCGCGUCAGGUAACUUUGACGGAGUUCACGUCCAUCUGGAUGUACGAUGUACCGUGCGCGUGCGUCUAUAUCAUCUAUCCGUUUCUGCUGUGGAAGAUGCUGGCGCGACGACGAGCGAAGCGAAGAAAUCGCAGUGACAAUCCAGCGGCGCAACGUGCACCGCUGGAAUCCUCCAACCGGCCCUUCAUCCUGCUGACGCUGUACACCUGCAGCACCCUGGUGUGCUGGCUGCCCAUUAUGAUCUUCUACCUGUUCGCCACCUUCUUCCCCGCGGUCCCGCUGAGCCCCGCCUUCUUCCAAGGCACGUCCAUCCUGUAUAAUCUGCAGUCGAUCCUGGAUCCGUUGAUCUUCGCUAUCACGGCCAGCAAUGUGCUGUAUUCGAUGUACAGCCACGGUUUUGUUAUAAUAUUCGACGAAGUUAACCAGAUUCUGCAAACACUGUAG